AUGGUCGAGCACCUCGAGACCGAGCUCAACGGCUUCUCGCGUGGUGGAGGUCACGUCCGCUGCUUUGGUCACAUCAUUCAGCUUGUGAGCAAGGCGCUGAUGAAGCAUUUCGACGCACCAAAGAAGGACGACAAGCGGAAGGGUGACGACACGGAGCUUGACGACCUUGUCGACGAUGACAAUGACGACGAGCCGCUCAACAGCCUUGAUGACUUGGCCGAGGACACGGACGAGGGCGCUGAGGACGACUUGCCUGGACUUGUCGAUAUUUCUGAUGAAGACGAGUGGGUGGAGGAGGCGACUGCGAUGAACGAGGAGCAGCUCGCCGAGUUCUACGCUGCUGUUCGCCCGGUCCGCCUUCGUUCCCUGGCCUCGACGGUCAACAAGUCCACCACCAUCCUCCUGCCCACGUGGAAGCAGCACCUCGCUGAUCUGAACUUGCCCGAGCGCAUGCUUCGUCAAGACGUUCGCACCCGCUGGCAGUCGACAAACGACAUGGUGGUGAAUGCAGUGGGGAUGAAGCGUGCGAUCCGGUCGUUUUGCGCAGAUGGCGACCUUGGUGUCGACCUUGACAAGUUCCGGAUGAAUGCGCGGGGAACGGCAGAUUGCAGAGCAGCUGGUCGACGUUCUGAAGGUGCGUGCUGA